ACUAUUCCAACAACUAUGGAAAACAUGGAUUUGGAAUCUAAAUCUGUUAACACAAAUUUCGCUCUACCAGUUGAUUCUGAACAUAAAGCCACUGAAUUCAGAAUAUACUCUGUUUCAGCGCCACACAUGAGAUCAUUUCAUCUUUCUUGGAUUUCAUUCUUUUCUUGUUUUGUUUCCACAUUUGCUGCUCCACCCCUUCUUCCUAUUAUCCGUGACAAUCUUGAUCUCACUUCAACUGACAUUGGAAAUGCCGGAAUUGCAGCUGUUUCCGGUGCAGUUUUUGCGAGAAUUGCAAUGGGAACAGCUUGUGAUUUAUUCGGUCCAAGACUUGCUUCAUCUGCUCUUAUUCUCAUAACUGCACCAGCAGUUUUCUUAACUUCAAUCACAAAUUCAGCAUUAUCUUUCCUUCUCGUUCGUUUCUUCAUGGGGUUUUCGUUAGCUACAUUUGUAUCGACUCAAUUUUGGAUGAGUUCGAUGUUCUCUGCUAACGUAGUUGGCACUGCAAAUGGUAUAGCCGGAGGAUGGGGGAAUCUUGGUGGCGGAGCUACACAGUUAAUUAUGCCUUUAGUGUUUUCGCUUAUACAUAAAAUUGGUGCAAAUCAGUUUACUGCUUGGAGAAUUGCGUUUUUUAUACCUGCUCUGUUUCAGGCUUUGACUGCGUAUGCUGUUUUCUUUUUAGGACAAGAUAUGCCCGAUGGAGAUUACGCGAAACUUCAUAAAUCUGGUGAAAAGCAUAAGGAUAACAUGUUAGAUGUGUUAUAUCACGCAGUUACAAAUUAUAGAGGGUGGAUUUUGGCAUUGACUUAUGGUUAUUGUUUUGGUGUUGAACUUACUGUGGAUAAUAUAAUCGCGCAGUAUUUUUUCGAUAGGUUUAAUGUGAAUCUUCAUACAGCUGGGAUGAUUGCAGCUAGUUUUGGUUUAGCAAACUUGUUUUCCAGGCCUGGAGGAGGGAUGUUGUCUGAUAUCGUCGCGAAGAGGUUUGGUAUGAGGGGAAGACUUUGGGUUCUAUGGGUUGUGCAGACAUUAGGAGGGUUGCUUUGUGUUCUUUUAGGGAAAGUAGAAUCUUUGAGUGGUUCUAUUGCUGUGAUGCUUGUGUUUUCGGUUUUUUGUCAAGCUGCUUGUGGGCUAACUUUCGGGGUUGUUCCAUUUGUUUCGAGAAGAUCAUUGGGCAUAAUUUCGGGGAUGACAGGAGGAGGUGGAAACGUUGGAGCAGUACUAACACAAGUAAUUUUCUUUAGAGGAUCAAAAUAUUCAACAGAAACAGGAAUUACAUACAUGGGUAUCAUGAUAAUAUGUUGCACUAUCCCUAUUUUGUUUAUAUACUUUCCACAAUGGGGUGGAAUGUUUUAUGGUCCCUCAUCUAAAGGCUUGACAGAGGAAGACUACUACAUGAAAGAGUGGAAUUUAAAGGAAAAAGAGAAUGGGUUUCAUCAAGCAAGCAUGAAAUUUGCUGGUAAUAGUAGAAGUGAAAGAGGUAAAAAAGUUGAAUCAGCACCAACACCUAUAGAUGGAACUCCUAAUAUAUAAUCGUUUGAGUUA